AUGUUUGCUUCUUCACCAUUGUCCUUCAUUGAGAACCAGUGCCAUGAUCUGCUCACCACGAUAACGGAAUUGACAACUGUUCCCGACGUGGGAAACCAUUUGCAGAAGGCUUACAAAUUGUACAGUCUCGGUCAGGGUCUUUCAUCCAGCCUGUACCAGUCGCUUUGCAGUGUGGACCAAUCUGCUACCGUGUCGACAUGCCAUGAUGCGAUGCAAGGCUACGUAUUCGGUCAACACGAGCACAGUUCCCAGUGUGGAGUCGCAAUUGACCGUUGA